GGAAGCGCUCGGCGUGCCUCACCAUCCUGACAGGGCAGCCGCCAUGAAGCCGAUCCUGCUGCAGGGCCACGAGCGCUCCAUCACGCAGAUCAAGUACAACCGCGAGGGAGACCUGCUCUUCACCGUGGCCAAGGACCCCAUCGUCAAUGUGUGGUAUUCGGUGAACGGGGAGCGGCUCGGCACGUACAACGGGCACACCGGAGCCGUGUGGUGCGUGGAUGCAGACUGGGACACGCGGCAUGUGCUCACGGGCUCUGCAGACAACAGCUGUCGGCUCUGGGACUGCGAGACGGGAAAGCAGCUUGCGCUGGUGAAGACCAGCUCAGCUGUGAGGACGUGUGGCUUUGACUUCGGAGGGAACAUCAUCAUGUUUUCCACGGAUAAGCAGAUGGGAUACCAGUGUUUUGUGAGCUUCUUUGACCUUCGUGACUCCAGCCAGAUUGAGAAAAACGAGCCUUACAUGAAAAUCCCCUGCAGCGACUCAAAAAUCACAAGUGCUGUGUGGGGCCCUCUAGGAGAAUUCAUCAUUGCGGGACACGAGAGCGGGGAGCUCAACCAGUUCAGUGCCAAGUCAGGGGAGCAGCUUUCAAACAUCAAGGAGCACACCAAGCAAAUCAACGACAUCCAGACCUCCCGGGACAUGACCAUGUUCAUCACUGCCUCCAAGGACAACACGGCCAAGCUAUUUGAUUGCACAACACUUGAGCAUCUGAAGACGUUCCGGACAGAGCGACCAGUGAACUCUGCAGCACUCUCUCCCAUUUUUGAUCACGUUGUGCUUGGAGGAGGGCAAGAGGCCAUGGAUGUGACCACGACCUCCACCAGGAUUGGCAAAUUUGAGGCGAGGUUCUUCCACUUGGCUUUUGAGGAAGAGUUCGGCAGAGUGAAGGGUCACUUUGGUCCUAUAAAUAGCGUCGCUUUCCACCCUGAUGGGAAGAGUUACAGCAGUGGUGGUGAGGAUGGCUACGUUCGCAUCCAUUACUUCGAUCCCCAGUACUUUGAGUUUGAAUUUGAGGCUUAAUGGGACACCUGUGUCCCCUGCCUCUGUUUCCCAAUCUAUUGGCUUCUCCAAAGAACUGUUUUACAGCCUGAAGUUAGUCUGCUCCGUGGAGGCGGCAGGAAGCAGGUAGCUGCUCAUGCUGGGUUGGAGGAAAGUGGCGAAGGAGGAGCUCAAGUCCUCGAAAGGACAGGGCUGCCUUUUGCCCCAGGUAGAGCGAAGGCUGCAGAAGGAGUCGGGCUGGCUCCCU